AUGACGGACAUUUUAAACAUCGAGAAUGAACCGAUCUUCGAUGAUCGCAUCAUCAAGAUCGAGACUCACACGUAUAAUCCGUUUGCCAAUACAACGUUUGAUCACAGUGAUGAGAUAAGAAUACCUAUACAACAUCAGGAUUUAUACACGUUACCGUCUGAAAGUUUUCUAUACAUCGAGGGAAAAGUUACGAUAAAAAAAACAGUUACGGGAUCUAGUGUGACAUUGGGGAAUAAUUGUAUCGCGUUUAUGUUUGAUGAGAUUCGAUAUGAACUUGACGGUGUAGAGACUGAUCGUAACAGAAACGUUGGAAUAACUAGCACGCUCAAGAAUUAUAUGACCAUGUCAACUAACAGAACCAAAAUUGCGAAUAACGCUGGUUGGGAUCCGUGGUAUCAUGUAAAUGGAUACUUUAAUUUUUGUGUGCCACUUAACAUGCUACUGGGAUUUUGCGAAGAUUACAAACGCGUGGUGAUUAACGCUCGUCACGAGUUGAUCUUGAUACGCGCACGCAACGAUAAUAAUUGUCUAGUCGGCGAUCCAGCGCAGGAACCAGAAAUUGAAUUAUUCAAAGUACAAUGGCGAAUGCCGCAUGUGCUGUUGAAUGAGAGAAAUAAACUGUCGAUGUUGCGUGCUCUGGAAAGCGGGCGAUACCUCAGCAUGGCUUUUCGCUCAUGGGAUCUGUAUGAGUUUCCAUUAUUGCAACGCACAACCAAACAUACAUGGGCUAUCAAGACCGCUACUCAGCUCGAGAAGCCGCGUUACGUCGUCUUCGCUCUGCAGGCUGGUCGGAAGAACGUCAUGCUUGAGGACGCGAGUCGAUUCAAUGAUUGCAAACUGACAAAUGUAAAACUGUAUCUGAACUCGGAAUGUUAUCCGUAUGACGAUAUGAAUCUGGAUUUCGAUAAAAACAGAUGGGCAAUUCUGUAUGAUAUGUAUACACGUUUCUGUAAAGACUAUUAUGGGUAUGAUAAUCUUGAGCCGAAUCUAUUUGUCGCGAAUUUUCGACAAAAAGGUCCGUUUGUGAUUAUCAAUUGCUCUCGACAAAACGAAUCGAUUAAGAGUGCAACUGUAGAUGUGCGUAUAGAAUUUGACUGUAAAGAGAACGUACCCGCGAGCACCACCGCGUACUGUCUCAUCAUACACGAUCGCAUAGUUCAGUACAAUCCGUUGACCAACGUUGUGCGCAAAAUUACCUAA